AUGUUAUUACCAUUAUUAUCAAGCGAUGACAACGAUGAUUCAAAUAUUAAUUCAUUGUAUCAUUUAUGUAAAGAAAAUGAAAUAGAGAAAAUUCAAAAAAUUUUACCAUUUAUUCGCAAUACAAGCAUAAUCAAUAAAAUUCACACAUCAACUGGUUCAACAUGUUUACAUGUAGCAUGUUAUUAUGGACAUCGAGAUGUUGUACAAAUUUUAUUAGAAUAUGGAGCAUUACAUUCUAUAAGAAAUUUACGACAUGAUUUAACACCUUACGAAGAAGCUUAUACAGAUGAAAUAAAGAAAUUAUUUCUAGAAUAUCAAAAUUUAUUUUCAAAUAAUGAUUAUAAUUGUAUUGAAUGGUCAAUGGUAGGUAAUGAUCUACUUGGAAAACGACGCGAAUUUCAUCGAGCUAUUGACUUAUACAAAACAUAUAACAAUAAUUUAGUGUCAAAAUUAUUAGCUGAAGUUAUUCAUUAUUAUUUGAAGGAAUAUUUAACAAAUCAAUGUAAUAAUAUCAAUAAUUCGAAAGAUAAAAUUACUUCUAAACAAAUUGAAGUUAUUGAAGCAUAUUUUAAAGAAGCGAUAGAAAAACAAGAUUAUUUAACAUAUUUUAUAAAAGCUUAUACAUUAACAGAUUUUUUUUAUAAAGUAUUAAAUAAACAUUUGGCUUUGUAUGUAUUAGAAUAUUUUGAUAAAACAAAAGAUUUUUCAUCAAAUUAUCGCCUUGUAAAUUGCCUAAUUCACAUUGUUACCCUUAUUAUUUAUAAUCCAAAUUUACCUAAAUAUCGAUAUAAAGGCAUAUGUUAUCGUGGUAUGAGAAUAACAAAAAAUGAUUUGGAUCAAUAUAAAUUAAAUCAACAUAUAUUAAAUCGUGCAUUUUUAUCGGCAUCUAUUGAUCAUGAAGUAGCUAAAAUGUUUGCUGGUGAUGGUCAACAAUCUAAAAUGAGACAUACUCCUAAUGAUCAUAGUAUAUUACAAUAUUCAUGUUUAUGUCAAUAUUUAAUCAAACAAAAUUCAACAGCUAUCAAUAUAGAAAGUUUAUCAACGAGACCGGACGAAAAAGAAAUUUUAAUUAUUCCAUUUUCUGUUUUUAAAGUAACAUCAAUUAAACGAAAUUAUCUUGAUAAUCCAACAGCAUCAAUUUCAAUUGAAAUUGAAUUAGAAGAAUGUGAAGAUCCAAUUGAUAAUAAAAAUGAGUCAGAAAGUAAUAAUACGUCAAGACAAUCAUCAUUUUCAUCAGCUGAUGAUGAUAUAAAAAAUGUUGAAGAAUAUGAAAAAUAUAAACAGCGAAAAUGUCUUCUUUAUAGUAUCAUUGGACUUUUGGUUUCAGCUAUACUUUUGGUUUUAAGCUUUACAGUCAUUUUUAUUUUUGUUAUAAAAAAGGGUUCUACGAAACAUUCGACAACGCUCCCACUAGAUGUCGAUUCUCCAUUACCACCAGGUUGUCCCAAUAUAUUAAAUCGAUCAAGUUGGAAUGCACGUCCUUAUGGAAUCCGUAAUAAUUUAACAACAUAUCCGGUUAAACAUAUUGUUGUACACGAAUUAGCAGGUUUAAAUUCAACUAUCGAUCAACGAGAUUGUAUCAAAUACAUAAAAGAAUAUCAAAAUUAUGAAAUGGAUAACCGAAGCUAUGUAGAUAUUGGUUAUCAUUUUCUCAUAUGUCAUGAUAAUGAUGAUCAACAAAAAAUAUAUACAGGUAGAGGAUGGAAAUAUAUGGGUGCACAUUGUAUAGCUUAUAAUCAAAGAUCAUUGGGUAUUGGUGUUAUCGGCAACUAUACCAAUAAGAAAUCAUUGGAUACAUUUAAAUCAUUAAUUCAAUGUGGUAUCACAAAGAAUGACAUUAUAAAAAAUUUUACUUUAGUUGGACAUAAACAUACACCAGAGAUUUAUCGAUAUUAUUUGAAAUAUUUUCAAAAUGAUACCGAUCUUCGAUAUGAUAAUCAAGCGAACCGUACAGAAGUUUUUUGUCAAUAG